AACAAUUUUUGUGGGCGUUAAUUUUUUGUCGAACGAUGGAAGUGAGGAAGAGAAGGACAGUGGAAAGUGUUGGGGCUGCAGCAGGCGACGAGGAUGCAGCUCCUCCUUCAGAUAGAGACUCGAACACUGACCCUGCUAUGGUUGAAGAAGGUCUCAGGCUGUAUGCACAAGCGGAGAAGAGUGGGUUUCGAAACACAGCUGACCUCAUCCGCACUCUUCGCUGCUUCCUCCGUGCGGCAGUGGAGGGUGUGAACAAGGAAGAGGCCACGGGAUGGAUUGUCUCCUUCCUCGACUCGACCUCGGCCCUGCCCCCCUCAACAGUCGCGGCCCUCCCCCCGAGUCUCCUCCGGCUCCUGCAGUGGGUGGUGGGGUCUACCCGGGAGGAGAGAGAGGUCUAUCUAGUGGCGGAGGACAUGUUCAGAGAGAUGGUCCACGGAGGGAGGAGUAUCCCCAAGACUGAGAUGGACAGUGCGGUGACACACCUCCUAUCCUCCGGCGGCCGCUACGAGGACUCGCCGCAGCUGAUGAAGUCGGCGAAAGGUCUGCGGACGGCCGUGAAGAGAAUGCUGUGCAGUGCUCUGGAGUCCAAUCACACUAAUGAGGUGACAGGGGACAUGUUUUGUGAAGCUGCCGUCACAUACGCCAGAGGUGUCCUACCACACGAUGCUGGAGCCCUCUCUCCACAGAGACAACAGGAGUUCAAGGAGGCCAACAUUCUCAAGAAGGUUACGAAAUACCCGGUCGAAACUGCCCACUUCUACAGGCGUUCGCUCCUAAAACUCAUUGAGCGUCGUGGGAUAAAGUGGGUGUGGUCCAGUUUCCCCACUAAGCAGUUCUCUCUCCUCGCACUCGCCUAUUUCCUACCAAUGAUCAGCCCAAACUUCAUCCUCACCAGUCUUGCCACCGUAGCCUUCCUGGCAGCCUUCAUUUCCAUGUGCGUGGGGACCCUUCAGAUUGCUCUUGCAGCCGAAAAGGUCUCCUCCUUCAUGGAGUACUCUAGCAUCUUCCAGUACUUCAGCAAGGGGGCCAGAAAACUCAACACUGGGAAGCCGGAAGCGAUUCUCGUCGGGCGAUCGGUGCUCCCCUGCGUGACGUUCGGAGCGUCGUUGUGCGCCACUCUCCUCACGUUCUAUCUCUCCCACCGAAGUAUCGUGCCCAAUGAGUUGUUCUGCAUCGUCUCCGGUUUCUGCACGCUGGCCGUGUUUCUUCAGUUCGAGGGCUACAAGUCUUCUGUCUUCCUCGCCUGCUCAUGUACGAGGCUCCUCGCGUGGCUCUACGCCUUUCUGACGGUGUUCAGUGAGGUUCUCCCCAUCCCUGACUUUCUGCUGUACUUCGGAUCAGCCUCCGUCUCAGUCCCUCUCCUCGUCUCCCGACUGACUCUUCAGGUGAAUCUCUUUACACUGGUCCAGUUUCCCGUCCAGUGCAUACUCAUUGCCUACUUUCUCGUACGCAACAAGUGGCGCAAUAUCUACUCAGGUCUCGGGCCUUACCUCCUCUUCACGUCCUGGUGGGUGAUGACCAGACACUUCUUUCUCCUCUCCUCUCCUUUCUACCUCUUUCUCGGGACCUUUGGAGUUGUUUUCUUCCUGGCCGUGUCACCGUUUUUACCGUUGAUGCUCAUAGUGUCCCCAGUGUUGGUGCUGUUUUACUAUGGAUUCUCGCGGGUGUUUUACCUGUACAUCGCCCUCAUUGUGUCCUUUGUUGUGAUUCUGCUGGUAUUGGGAAAGGUUUCGCGGCGACUGAUGGAUGCAAAGUGGCUCAACAUUUCGUUUGACUCGCUCGUGCUGCUACAGAUCCUGAUCACCAUACCUGCUGUUCUGGCGGGUGCCUACCAAGUGGUGCAGUACUAUACUCCGAAAGACGUCCCCGCUGUGACCCCGGCACAGUACAGUGAGUACUGCGGCCUUCAGAACUGGGCCGGCCGCGGGGGAAACACGGUUCAGACGCAGCUCGACUGUGUCCACCUCAGAGACAGAGUGUUGACGGCCAGUGGUGUGGUGGAAGGAGUGAAGAUUCAAGGGGUGUCCAACAAUUACGAGGCGGGUCUGCAGUCUCGGCCCGGUAUCAUCCGAGAAGCUCUAACCUGCCUUCUCGGUCAGCAGAAGCCAAUGUGUGGCCGCCGAUUAGACAUGGAGACUUGCAAAAGGGAAUUUACCGGCUGUCACUUUCAGCACAGCCACAAGUACACAUUUGCCGUGGACCUGAGACUGGCACUUCCCUCAACUCACGACCGAGUCUCUACGACUCUCCUCGCUUCAAACUCUUAUUUAGAGGCAAUGAGAGAUCUCCGUGUGGGACAGACGAUUCGAUUCAAUGCCACAUUUGUGUCGGGAAUGGGCUCGAAGCACUUGGUUCUGCAGCUGGUUGAUCUCGAAGGUUUCGCGUCGACUCGAGAGGAGGAGAUUGAAAACAUAGAGGAUAGUCUACAGCUGUUGGUGCAUCGAGUGGUGGAGUCAUUUGCAAACACUCUGACAGUCUUACUUGACGUCCUACUGGGCUAUACUGCUCCGUAUGGCCAGAAUGUAUCAUUAGUUUCAUAGGUAGGUGUUAAUGGUGUUCAUAAUCGAUUUUUCUUUUGGUGCCAUAUCGAAUUACUAGUGCUGAGUUGUGUGCGUCUGUUUACUCUAGGAGUAAUGCCUACAUGGAUCAGUUUUCUCAUAUGCCCAUCAUGACUAUAUACCAGUACACCAAUACCCAUACACAGCAGAUGGCAAAAAUUGUCAUUCGCUGUGGGAGUGACUAUAAAGCUAUGCAAACAUUAUUCACAUUCGUAUAAAAUGUACAACUAAUCCAGUACGGGGAUGGGUUCUGACAUGUCUAUGUGAUCAAAGUACCUCCUGUAAGGUCUGAAACGGCGCUGGAGGCGAGCGGUCAACCAGUGCCUUAGUCGGUACUGCGCGUGGAAAAACAGGUGGAUCAGUAGGAUGAUCACUGUGCUCACCACUAGAGUGCCCACUGCUACUCCUGGCUGGGAGCCAUAGUCGAGUAUGACAGGGUAGAUGGCACUCUCUCCAAACGGGUCUGUGCCAUUUGCAGCAUAGUAAACCCCGGUAAACACUCCGUAGGUAGUGGUGAAGAGUGCCGGGUACACAAACUGUAGCAGGUGGACCGGGAUUCCAGUGAUCCAGACCUCGACCAGGGCGAUGACACCGUUUAGAGCGUGCACGUGUGCAUUCACAGAGGGGUUAAUGUCGGGGGCAUUGUCACUGCUGCCUAUUAGGAUCCAGAAGAGCAGCACCACCAUAAAGGAAGACUCUGCUCCCACGAGGAACAGGGCCCAGGUUAUCUUAUCACAGAACGUGGUUUUGUCUGUCGAUGACUUGCAGCAGUGUCGCUCGUAGCUUUCCUCGUCUUCCUCAGCAUCAGGUGGUGACUCCACUCGCCUUCUCUUGGGAUAGACGUAGACAAGGAAAAAGUUAACAACCGUGGUGAUGAGUGCCGAGAUG